ACACAGGAGAUCCGGACUUCUGAACUUCUACUGGAAAAGAUAAAAUGUGCAAGUCCUUGACGAUGUUGGGGAGGUUGGAGCUGGACUAAAUUGAGAGACGAGAAGAAAUGCUGCUGUGAAGGCUUUUAGCCAGCAUCUGGAACGACCCAUUGGAUGCAUUGGGCUGAUGUGUCAAGAAUCCGCUUUACCACUUCAGGGAACCCAGGAAAGCAGCCGCUCCCACCGCUAACUCGGGAGGAAUUUUGCAGCCUCUCGAACUAUGGAGUCCCCGGCGUGCAGUAGAGCCUCGCUGGAGGAAAUGGCAUCCUGGACCAUGGGUACCCGCAGCCUGGACAAGCGAGGAAGUUUCUUUAAGCUUAUUGACACGAUCGCCUCGGAGAUCGGAGAACUGAAACAGGAGAUGGUGCAGACAGAUGUCAGCCUGGAAAAUGGCCUGGAACCCACCGAAGCCCACAGCAUGGUAAGACACAAGGACGAUGGCUCUUCCCAGGAAAAGGAUGUGAAGACCUGCCCCCGGGACUCUGGCUAUGACAGCCUCUCCAGCAGGCUCAGCAUUUUGGACCGGCUUCUCCACACCCACUCCAUAUGGCUGCAGCUGAAUCUGAGUGAAGAGGAGGCGGCAGAAGUCCUACAGUCCCAGCCUCCAGGGAUUUUCCUGGUGCGUAAAUCCACCAAAAUGCAGAAGAAAGUCCUCUCCCUUCGCCUGCCCUGUGAACUUGGAGCCCCACUCAAGGAAUUUGCCAUAAAGGAAAGCACAUACACCUUUUCUCUGGAAGGCUCAGGAAUCAGCUUUGCGGAUUUAUUCCGGCUCAUUGCUUUCUACUGCAUCAGCAGGGACGUUCUGCCGUUUACCUUGAAGUUGCCUUAUGCCAUUUCAACAGCCAAGACUGAGGCUCAGCUUGAAGAACUAGCCCAGCUGGGACUAAAUUUUUGGAGCUCUCCAGCUGACAACAAACCCCCAAACCCUCCACCUCCCCAUAGGACUCCCUCCUCAGACGGUGUUUGUCCCGCCUCCCGCCAGCUCUGCCUUAUAAAUGGAGUGCAUUCUAUAAAAACCAGGACGCCUUCGGAGCUGGAGUGCAGCCAGACCAACGGAGCCCUGUGUUUUAUUAAUCCUCUUUUCUUGAAAGUGCACAGCCAGGACCUCAGUGGAGGCCUGAAGCGGCCCUGCACAAGGACUCCCAACGCGAAUGGCACCGAGAGGCCUCGGUCCCCCCCACCCAGGCCCCCGCCACCCGCUAUUAAUAGUCUGCACACAAGCCCUCAGCUGUCCAGGACUGCAACCCGGGCAGGCAUGCCAGAAACAGUCAACCAUAACAAACAUGGGAACGUAGCUCUGCUUGGCACGAAACCAACCCCCAUCCCUCCACCCCGGCUGAAGAAGCAGGCUUCUUUUCUGCAGGCGGGAGGCGGCGCAAAGACCUUGACCAGCAGCCAGCCUGGCGGGGACCAGGCUCGGGAGCUGCUGCAGGAGCGGGAGCCCAGCGCAGCUGGCAGCCCAGGUGGCGCCCCGCCUGCCGAGGCCCCGGGGGAUUGCACAAGGGCCCAGCCCGCCUGCUCUGAAUCACGGCCCCCGUGGCAUGGAGGCAGACAGAGGCUCAGCGACAUGAGCAUUUCCACUUCCUCCUCCGACUCGCUAGAGUUCGACCGCAGCAUGCCUCUGUUUGGCUACGAGGCGGACACCAACAGCAGCCUGGAGGAGGACUACGAAGAGGAGAGCGAUCAGGAGACCAUGGCCCCCCCCAUCAAGUCCAAAAAGAAGAGGAACAGCUCCUUCGUGCUGCCCAAGCUCUUCAAGUCCCAGCUCCGCAAGAUGAGCGGGGUGUUCAGCUCCUUCAUGACCCCCGAGAAGCGCAUGGUCCGCAGGAUCUCCGAGCUGUCCCGGGACAAGUGCACCUACUUCGGCUGCCUGGUGCAGGACUACGUGAGCUUUCUGCAGGAGAACAAGGAGUGCCAUGUGUCCAGCACGGACUUGCUGCAGACCAUCCGGCAGUUCAUGACCCAGGUGAAGAACUACCUGUCUCAGAGCUCGGAGCUGGACCCCCCCAUUGAGUCGCUGAUCCCCGAAGACCAAAUAGAUGUGGUGUUGGAAAAGGCCAUGCACAAGUGCAUCUUGAAGCCGCUGAAGGGGCACGUGGAGGCCAUGCUGAAGGACUUCCACAUGGCCGACGGCUCGUGGAAACAGCUCAAGGAGAACCUGCAGCUCGUGCGGCAGAGGAACCCCCAGGAGCUGGGCGUCUUCGCCCCGACCCCCGAUUUCGUGGACGUGGAGAAAAUCAAAGUCAAGUUCAUGACGAUGCAGAAGAUGUAUUCACCGGAAAAGAAAGUCAUGCUGCUGCUGAGGGUCUGCAAGCUUAUUUACACUGUCAUGGAGAGCAACUCAGGGAGGAUGUAUGGCGCCGACGACUUCCUACCAGUCCUGACCUAUGUCAUCGCUCAGUGCGACAUGCUGGAGCUGGACACGGAAAUCGAGUACAUGAUGGAGCUCUUAGACCCUUCGCUGUUGCACGGAGAAGGGGGCUAUUACUUGACCAGUGCCUACGGAGCACUGUCUCUGAUAAAGAAUUUCCAAGAAGAGCAAGCUGCAAGACUGCUCAGCUCCGAGACCAGAGACACCCUGAGGCAGUGGCACAAACGGAGAACCACCAACCGGACCAUCCCUUCUGUGGACGACUUUCAGAAUUACCUCCGAGUUGCCUUCCAAGAGGUGAACAGUGGCUGCACGGGAAAGACGCUCCUGGUGCGACCGUACGUCACCACCGAGGACGUAUGUCAGCUCUGUGCCGAGAAGUUCAAGGUGGGGGACCCCGAGGAGUACAGACUCUUCCUCUUUGUCGACGAAACGUGGCAGCAGCUGGCAGAGGACACCUACCCUCAAAAAAUCAAGGCUGAGCUGCACAGCCGGCCACAGCCCCACAUCUUCCACUUUGUCUACAAGCGCCUCAAGAACGAUGCUUACGGCGUCAUUUUCCAGAAUGGGGAAGGAGACCUCCCCACCUCCUAGGAGACGCCGGACGCUCCCGUGGUUAGGAACCUCGCCUCCCGCCUUCCACGUGCUUCUGCUUGAAAAGCAGGCACCUCCUUGGCGACCCCUGGGUUCAGUGACUAAGCCAUCCACGGGCGGACUUGACCAAGGGCAUCUUCAGCCACAUUGCCCAAGCCAGGUAGCUGAGGUUCAUGACACAGGAGGCUUCUCCCUCAGAGAUGGAGAGUUGAAUUUGAUGGUCUAAGGGUCCUAGACGUGUUUGCUGCCGACCCGCAGCCAGGCUCACAGCUAUGUGUAUGUGUUUAAUAAACAUGUAAGGUACAA